AUGUCCUUAUCCCCUAAAGAGUCCUCCCACUCCAAAACGGAAGUAGAGGAGAAUUCUGAUAUCUCAUCGUUUGACCCAGAUGCCUUCUUGAAGAAGCAAAUUGAAGAAGAGAGUGAACAUUCCAUAAAUUAUCGUAAUUGUUCAUGGCAAAAGACUGCUGGGCUCUUAUUCAGUGAGUACAUUUGUCUUGCUAUUAUGUCGUUUCCUUGGUCAUAUUCUGUUUUGGGAUUGGGAUUGGGAUUGAUUGUUACCGUCAUUGUUUCGUUGUUGUGUUUAUAUACUGGGUUGAUCAUAAGUGAUUAUUGUGCUGCCUAUCCCCAUUUAACCAAUGUUUGUGAUAUUGGACAACAUUUGAUUUUUGGAAAGAGAUGGGUUUGGUAUGCCACUGCAAUUGCAUUUUUGCUCAAUAAUACCUUAAUCCAAGCAUUGCAUGUAUUGGUGGGUGCUAAGUACUGGAAUACUAUUAGUGACAACACUACCAUCUGUUCAAUUGUGUUUGGUGUUGUCACCGCAAUCAUCUGUUUCUUGCUUUCUUUACCAAGAACAUUCAGUCAUUUAUCAGGAGUUGGUUAUUUUUCAGCCAUUACUAUGUUUAUUGCCGUCAUCUUGGCAAUGAUCUUUGCUGGUGUGCAGAGUCAUCCAAAUGGAUACGAUCCUUCAACUCCAGUGGUAUGGCAUGCAUGGCCACAGAAGGGUGAGAAGUAUGUCAACAUCAUGUCAGCUGUUUUGAAUAUUGUCUAUACAUUUGUUGGACAAAUUACCUACCCUUCAUUUAUUUCUCAGAUGAAACAGCCAAGAGAUUUCCGUAAAGCCUUGGUUGUGGUUACAAUUUGUGAAUUGGUCACUUUCGCCUUGGCUGGUUCCAUUAUUUACGUUUACGUUGGAAACGCUUACAUGAUUGCACCUGCAUUUGGUUCGUUAGUUGGUAAUUUCAAAAAAAUUUCAUUCAGUUUUGCAUUGCCAACAGUUUUGUUCCUUGGUUCAUUGUACAGUAAUGUGUCUUCCCAAUUUUUGUUCCAAGAGAUCUUUAACAAGGGCAGUGUACACAGAAAUGAAAACACCUUGUUGGGAUGGGGUGUUUGGACUGCUCUUAAUGGUGGCUUGUGGAUCAUUGCCUUUGUCAUCGCUGAAGUUAUUCCAUUUUUCAGUGAUUUAUUGAGUUUGAUGUCAUCGUUAUUUGAUUGCUUUUUUGGAUUCAUCUUUUGGGCAUUGGCUUAUUUCAAGUUGAGAAAAUUGUAUUAUUACAAACAAGAAGGUGCACGUAUCAGUAUGGUUGAAUUGUUUACUAGAUCCAACUUGGUACAAAAAGUGGAAUAUGUGUUGAAUGUAAUAAUAUUCGCUUUGGGAUUUUACAUUUUAGGUCCCGGUUUAUAUGCUACUAUUCAAAGCAUCAUAUGGUCUUACGAAGCAAGUUUAUACGGUUCACCAUUUUCGUGCGUAAGUAAUGGUUUAUAA